AUGUCUUCCCAAGCUCAAACCUCAAAAGACGUCACUGCUGAAGUCCGAGGUUCAGCCAACUUUUCUGAUGGUGUUUGGGGCGAUCUUUUUCUAUCACACGCUUCUCUGGAAAAUGAUACUAAAACUGAGCAGCAGGUCCAAGAAUUGAAGGAAGAAGUGAGGACGAUGCUAAUGUCUCCAGUUAAAAAGAUUUCACAAAAAUUGGAAUUGAUUGAUGACAUUACGCGCUUAGGAGUGUCCCGCCAUUUUGAAGAAGAGACUGAUGAAAUUUUGCAGAAGGUUUAUGAUAACGUUUAUCAUGCUAAUGACCUGUAUGAUAAAGAGCUUUACUUCACAAGUCUUGUCUUUCGUUUGGUUAGACAACAAGGUUAUAACAUAUCAUGCGAAAUAUUCAGCAAAUUCAAAAACGGUGAAGGAAAAUUCAAGGAGUCACUUGUCAAUGAUGUAGUAGGACUACUAAGCUUGUAUGAAGCCACACACCUUAUGAUGCAUGGAGAAGACAUAUUGGAAGAGGCACUAACAUUCGCCACCACUCAUCUCGAGUCUGCAAUGCACAGCUUAAGCUCCUUACUUUUGAAACAAGUAAAGCAUGCCUUGUAUCAGCCCUAUUGGAAAGGCCUACCAAGGAUUGAAGCAGUUCAUUAUCUGUCUAUCUAUGGGGAAAUGGAUUCACACAAUAAAGCUCUGCUAUCUCUUGCAAAGUUGGAUUUCAACCUAGUCCAGAAUGUCCAUCAGAAUGAACUAAGUGAUAUUGCAAGGUGGUGGAAGGACUUGGAUUUUGUGAACAAACUACCUUUUGCUAGAGACAGGAUGGUUGAGUCUUACUUUUGGGCUUUGGCAGUCUACUUUGAACCUGAGUAUCACCUUGCUAGGAUGAUGUUGUGUAAAUUUGUUGCUAUAAUAACAAUCGUUGAUGACAUUUAUGAUGUUUAUGGCACGUACGAAGAACUAGAGCUUUUUACCGAAGCUGUCGAGAGGUGGAACAUCUCCGCUGCCGAUCAGCUGCCAGGUUAUAUGAGAGUUUGUUAUGAGGCGCUGCUGAAUGUGUAUACUGACAUUGAAGAAAAGCUUGCAAUGAAGGGAAACUUGUAUCGCAUCCGCUACGGUAGAGAAGCAUUUAAAGUUCAAGUUAGAGCUUACUUCCAGGAAGCCAAAUGGUUCAAACAAAAUUACACACCAACGAUGGAUGAAUAUAUGGAAGUAGAACUUAAUACGUCCUUCUUCGCGUUCUCAACCACAGUGUUUCUUGGACUGGGAGCUAUUGUGACAGAAGACUCCAUGGAUUGGGUGUUCGAUGACCCUAAGAUUGUAAAGGCUACAUCAGUAGUCGGCAGACUCUUGAAUGAUAUAGUCGGCCACAAGUUUGAGCAAAAAAGAGAACAUAUUGCUUCAUCAGUGGAAUGCUACAUGAACCAAUAUGGUGUCACAGAGGAAAAAGCGAAAACUGAGCUAAUGAAGCAAGUCAAUGACGCCUGGAAAGAUAUAAACGAAGAGUGGCUCCAGGCCAACACGAGUAUCCCGAAGACCCUACGAUGGUUUAUUCUAAAUCUUGCUCGUUCUGGCGAAGUUAUCUACAAAAAUGAAGAUGUGUUCACUCAUUCUAAAACUGUACUCAAGAGUUGUCUUGUCUCUCUAUUCGUCGAACCCGUGCCUGUGUAAACUUUUUUUGGUAAUGUCGUGCUUGAGUAAACUUGAUAUAAAGUCAUGUCUCCAAAGUCCUGUGAGUUUCAAAGACAACAGGUUCAUGCUUGCUGGCCCUUGAAACAACUGUACGUUUGAAUAGAAGAGUUGAUUGUAUUGUCUGUUGAAUUCAUAAACAUCAAUGGAAUUGUAAGUGUGAUACGUGAAUCCUUUCCACUCCC